GAAGGACGGAACCGCCGCUGCGCCUUCUGAUUGGCUGUUCGUUUAGCCAGGGCGCUUAGGUCGCGUUUCUCGCGCCAGUUUCAGGCGCUUUGGCGGGAACGCCGCGAGAAGGUGAAGUCGACUACCGGGUGAAAGAAGGUAGUGGCCGCAGCAUGGAUAAGAGUGACCCCCCGCGCGAUGGGACCGGUGAUAGAUGCCUUGGAGAAACAGCUGAUUCUCAAAAUUUGGCAGCCUCCCGUUCUCGACGUGAGAAAAAAUGUAAAACAGGCAGACUGGAAGCAUUGGAACGUUUAAAAAAGGCAAAGACUGGUGAAAAGAUAAAAUAUGAGAUUGAAGAAUUUGCAAGUGUUUAUGAAGAAGUUGAUGAAGAACAAUACUCAAAGAUGGUCAAGGAACGGCAAGAUGAUGACUGGAUUGUGGAUGAUGAUGGUAUUGGUUAUGUAGAAGAUGGAAGGGAGAUUUUUGAUGAAGAUUUAGAAGAUGAUGCUCUUGAUUCCAGCAAGAAAAGAAGAGGAGAGAGAACUUCCGUGAAUGAUAAAAAAAAUGUGAAGAAGGCCAUAGUAUCAAAACCAAACACGAUUAAAUCUAUGUUUAUGGCUAGCUGUGGGAAGAAAAAUACUGAUAAAGCUGUUGAUCUGUCUAAGGAUGAUUUGCUAGGAGAUAUCUUGCAAGAUCUCAAUGCAGAGUCAGUUCACAUAGCACCACCACCAGUUAUAAUGCAAAAAAAGAAGAUACUUUCUGGAACAUCACUAAAUCCUUUCUCUGUGCAGUCUCAAAUCUGUAAGAGAACUUCUGCAUCAAAAAUGGUUACUCCUGUCAAAAAGGAAAUUUCUUCAUUGAAUUCAUCUCAAUCCAACUAUUCAGUCUAUGCAUCAAGACCACAGACAGUCAAAGAAGCAGCUGGUGAUCCUGAAAACAGAACUCAAAUUGUGGAAAAUGGAGAACUGGUAAAAAUUAAGCAAGAGGAAGGUGUUAAAGAAAAUGAGCAGGCUGUUAUGGAGUUUGAAGAUGAAGACUUCAGUGAAUCUAUGGAGGACACAGGAAUUGUAGCAGAAAAAGUCAUAUCCCUGGAGGAAGGGCUAGAGUUGGAGGAAGGGCUAAAGUUGGAAGACCAAGAAACAAGAAGCUCUUCUCUCUGUAAUAUUUCCUGUUGGGACAAAGUAACUGAAAAUGAUGAUGAGCAAUUAGUUUCAGAGGUUCAAGUAGAUUCUAGUGAGCUUCCAGUUGUAACUGGAGAAGAUGGGCAUCAGGUCUUCCGGUUCUAUUGGCUAGAUGCUUAUGAAGAUCAGUUUAAUCAGCCAGGGGUAGUGUUUCUCUUUGGUAAAGUGUGGAUUGAAUCUGCAAAGUCCCAUGUUAGCUGCUGCGUGUCAGUAAAAAAUAUCGAGAGAACUAUUUAUCUCCUCCCACGUGAGUUGCGGAUCGAUUUAUCUUCUGGUAAAGAGACAAAAAAACCCGUGACCAUGAUGGAUGUCUAUCAAGAAUUUAAUGACAAAAUUGCAGAAAAAUACAAGAUCAUGAAGUUCAAGUCCAGGAAAGUGGAAAAGAAUUAUGCUUUUGAAAUACCAGAUGUUCCUGCAAAAUCUGAUUACCUAGAAGUUAGAUACUCGGCUGACUACCCACGGCUUCCCCAAGACCUGAAAGGAGAGAUGUUUUCACAUGUGUUUGGAACUAACACGUCUAGUCUAGAACUGUUUUUGAUGAACAGGAAGAUCAAAGGACCAAGUUGGCUAGAGAUAAAAAAUCCACAGCUCUUAAAUCAGACUGUCAGUUGGUGCAAGGUGGAAGUAGCAGUGCUGAAGCCUGAUUUGGUGGAUGUGGUUAAAGAUCUUUCACCCCCUCCGCUUGUGAUUAUGUCUCUUAGCAUGAAGACAGUUCAGAACACAAAGACUCAUCAGAAUGAGAUUAUGGCUAUUACAGCUUUAGUGCAUCACAAAUUUAGUAUGGACAAAGCACCGCCUGAACCUCCAUUUCAGACCUAUUUCUGUGUUAUUUCCAAACCAAAUGAUUGCAUUUUCCCAUAUGACUUCAAAGAAGCUGCUAAGACUAAGAAGGCUAAAAUAGAGAUUGCUGGAACAGAGAGGAUGCUUCUUGGAUUUUUUCUUGCAAAGGUUCAUAAAAUUGACCCUGAUGUUAUUGUGGGACAUAAUAUUUAUGGCUUUGAUAUGGAAAUCCUUCUUCAGAGAAUUAAUAUGUGCAAAGUUCCACACUGGUCCAAGAUAGGUCGACUGAGGAGAUCAGUCAUGCCAAAACUUGGGGGUCGUAGUGGGUUUGCUGAAAGAAAUGCAGCUUGUGGUCGAAUGAUUUGUGAUGUAGAAAUUUCGGCAAAGGAGUUGAUUCGUUGCAAGAGUUACCAUUUGUCUGAACUGGUCAGUCAGGUUCUGAAAACUGAAAGAGUGACAAUUCCAUCUGAAGAAAUAAGAAAUAUGUACAGUGAUUCUCAUCGCUUGCUUUAUAUGCUGGAAAACACCUGGACUGAUGCCAAGUACAUUUUACAAAUCAUGUGCGAGCUUAAUGUUCUUCCACUAGCCCUACAGAUCACAAAUAUUGCUGGGAAUGUUAUGUCAAGGACACUGAUGGGUGGUCGAGCUGAGCGUAAUGAGUUCUUGCUCCUUCAUGCUUUUUAUGAAAAAGAUUUCAUUGUGCCUGAUAAGCAGCUUUUUAAAAAGCCUCAACAGAAACAGUUGGAUGAAGAUGAAGAUUUUGAAGGUGAUCAGAAUAAAGCAAAGAUUGGGCGAAAGAAGGCAGCAUAUUCUGGAGGUCUAGUUUUGGAACCAAAAAUCGGCUUUUAUGACAAGUUCAUUCUGCUCCUUGACUUCAAUAGCUUGUACCCUUCAAUUAUCCAAGAGUUUAACAUAUGUUUCACGACAGUUCAAAGGGUAUCUUCUGAUAUGCAAAAAAAGGCAGAUGAUGGAGAACAAGAAGAAAUUCCAGAAUUACCAGAUUCAUCCCUAGAAAUGGGAAUUUUACCUAAAGAAAUCAAGAAGCUAGUUGAGCGAAGGCGCCAAGUGAAGCAGUUGAUGAAACAAUCAGACUUAAAUUCUGACCUCUACUUGCAGUAUGACAUCAGGCAGAAGGCUUUGAAGCUAACCGCAAAUAGCAUGUAUGGUUGCCUUGGAUUUUCCUACAGUAGAUUCUAUGCAAAGCCUCUAGCUGCUUUGGUGACAUUCAAAGGCAGAGAGAUUCUGAUGCAUACCAAGGAGCUGGUACAGAAGAUGAAUCUGGAAGUAAUUUAUGGUGAUACUGACUCCAUUAUGAUAAACACAAACAUUACCAACUUGGAAGAGGUGUUUAAAUGGGGGACUAAGAUUAAAAGUGAAGUGAACAAACUGUACAGAUUGUUGGAAAUAGAUAUUGAUGGAGUCUUUAAGUCCCUUUUGCUGUUGAAAAAGAAGAAAUAUGCCGCUUUGGUUGUAGUGCCAACAGGAAAUGGAAACUACAUUACCAAGCAAGAACUUAAAGGACUAGACAUAGUGCGAAGAGACUGGUGUGACCUUGCAAAAGAGACUGGAACAUACAUUAUUGGCCAGAUUCUUUCUGAUCAGUCCCGAGACGUAAUUAUAGAAAACAUCCAAAGGAAAUUAAUCCAAAUUGGAGAAAAUGUUGUAAAUGGCAGUGUGCCAAUGAAACAAUUUGAAAUCAACAAGGCAUUAACAAAGGAUCCCCAGGAUUACCCUGACAAAAAAAGCCUGCCACAUGUGCAUGUUGCCCUAUGGAUAAACUCUCAAGAGGGCAGAAAACUAAAAGCUGGGGAUACUGUGUCUUAUGUUAUCUGUCAGGAUGGAUCAAAUCUGAGUGCCAGCCAGAGAGCGUAUGCUCCAGAACAGUUGAACAAACAAGAAAAUCUUAUUAUUGAUACUCAGUAUUAUUUGUCACAACAAAUUCACCCAGUAGUGGCUCGCAUCUGUGAACCCAUAAAUGGAAUUGACUCUGUCCUUAUUGCAUCUUGGUUAGGGCUGGAUCCCUCACAGUUCAAAGUCUAUCACCAUUAUCAUAAAGAUGAGGGGAAUGAUGCUUUGCUUGGCAGCCCAGUUCAGCUCACUGAUGAGGAGAAAUAUAAAGACUGUGAAAGGUUCAUGUUUGCCUGUCCAAAAUGUGGGACUGAGAACAUUUAUGACAAUGUCUUUGAUGGUUCGGGUCCAUUGAUUGAAGCCAGUUUGCUACAGUGUAGCAAAACAGAAUGUGAUGAAUCUCCUCUAAAACAUAUAACACAAAUUAACAACAAACUGAUCCUGGAUAUACGACAUUACAUAAGAAAGAACUACAAUGGUUGGUUGAUGUGUGAAGAGCAAACAUGCCAAAAUCGUAUGCGUCGACUUCCACUUCGCUUUUCCCGGAAUGGUCCUAUCUGUCCUGCCUGUAAGAAGGCUGUUCUUAGGCAAGAGUAUUCUGACAAGGCCCUAUACACCCAGCUGUGCUUUUACCGGUACAUUUUUGAUGUGGACUGUGCAAUGGAAAAACUUACUGAUCAAGAGAAAGAUCAUGUGAAGAACAGGAAGCAGUCAAAUAUCAAGGACAUAGAGAUGGAGUACAAAAAACUGAAGAAUACUGUAGACAAAUGGCUAUCUAUGAGCAGCUACUCCGAAGUGAACCUCAACAGACUCUUUCAGACAUUCAGUGCAGUAAAAAUUGUGGAAGAUCCCAGUAGAUAAAUUCUGAGUGUAGGUAGAAUGGGGGGAAAGUGAUUUUAUGGACUCCUUUCUGAGAAAUCAUUUCUUCUUUUUCUUUUUUAAUUUUCCAUUUACCUUUUCACACAGUGAUGUACAUUGUUUAAAAAGAACAUAUGUUCUUUUAUUUAAAUAGGAGUUUAAUUAUGAAAACAAUAAAAUGUUAUAAGUCAACAUACAUCAGGGUCCUGUACAGCAGAUAUGUGUGUGUAUACAUGCACACACAUACAGUAUAUCCAGACUUUAGUAUAUUCAAACCUAAGAGUGAAUAAAGGAGGUGGAGAAAUAACUCCUUUAAUUGAAUAAUUCCCAGUGAGAGUUGCUAGAAUGUAAGUGAUCCUAGACUUUGCUCCAGGGUAUUUAGUAGAGGUGCUCUCAGGAAAAGAGGUGAGUGGAGGUCUCAGUAGGAGCACUAAUGUUUUCUCUUUUCACAGUUUAUCUGCUGUGUGAUCACAAACACAGCAGUUAAAGACAAUGCUAAACCUAAAUGCUUUCUAAUGCCUGCAUUUAUUCUAGUGUGGUUUCUGUUUCUAAAAUUGUUACUAAGUUGUGUUUUCAUCAACUUUUGUUCAUUUACACUGUAUUGUGUUAAAGAUAUUGAGUGACUAUGUAGAAAUUAAUCCAAAGGAUCAAUUGACUUCCUUAUGGGGCAAACAGGCAAGCAAGUAUGCAGAAAAUUCUCCAUACUAUACAUAAAUAUCUAAACAUAUUUUGGUUCCCUGGAAUGCAACAAAUUAAGCAGUGACAUCUGUUGGGAUGAAAGAAAACAAAUGAGAGACAGUUCACCCAAGAAAUAAAAGUAAUGGACAAUACUUCGAUAAGUAAAGCUAUAAAUAAAUUUUCAGAACAUUUGUCUGAUCUGUUUAUUGCCAAUAAAAACUGAAUGAAAAUGACAAAAGUCAAACUAUUAUAUGGUUAACUUUUGGCACACUGAAAGGAAAAAUUGAAUAUAGCUAUUUUUAAAAUUUUGUUAAUUGUCAUUUACUACUAAAUAUGAAUGCAUUUUAAAUGUCAUGUAAGUUUUUACACUGUUAAUAGAAACAAUAAAAUUUUUCAAUGCAAGAUA